CACACACACACACAGUCAGAGGGAGGAGGCGGAUCCAGACUCCAGGACUUCCUCAGUGGAGCGGAGCCCUCAGCGCAAACAUGGAUGAUUCUGCUCCAUGUCCUGGUCGCUCAGUGUUUGUGUGGUUGGUGGGAGCAUCACAGGUCCUGGGUCUGGCAUCGGUGGUGCUGACCGGUGUGUGGAUGGGUCACUACCAUGGGGGCUUCGCUUGGGAUGGCUCAGCGCAGGAGUUCAACCUGCAUCCUCUUUGCAUGGUGCUGGGGCUGGUCUUCCUGCAAGGCGACGCGAUCCUGGUGUACAGAGUAUUUCACAAUGAGGCGAAGAGAAAUGUAAAGCUGCUUCAUGGCAUUAUUCACCUGCUUGCUCUUAUCAUUAGCAUCAUAGGUUUUGUAGCUGUGUUUGAUUUCCACAGAGCAGCAAAGAUUCCAGACAUGUACUCUCUUCACAGCUGGUGUGGCAUGGCUACCUUACUCCUGUUCUGCUUGCAGUGGGUGAUGGGUUUGCUGUUCUUCCUGUUUCCCGUUGCGUCGUUAUGGUUACGUGCUGCGUACCUCCCCAUCCACAUGUUCUGUGGUCUGGCUCUGGUGGUUAUGGCCAUAGGGAGCAGUCUGCUUGGCAUCACAGAGAAACUCCUCUUCAGCAUCAUGCCUACGUACCCUAAGUUUGUCCCCGAGGGGGUGCUGGCCAACAGUUUGGGGAUCCUGCUGGUGUGUUUUGGGGUGCUGCUCUGCUACCUGGUCUCCAAAGAAGAAUUCAGACGCCCACCUAACCCAGAGGAAGAGUCUCUUUCUGUGCACUUCAAGACCUUGACAGAGGGGGGAUCACCCACCACACCCUGAUCUCCUGUCCGACAUCUGAUGCCUCCACUUCAUCUGGAUAUGAAUGGUGUCCUGCCCAGUUAAUACCCGUCUGUUAAUACCUAGAUAAAAAAUCAGAAAUUUAUACAGAAAUUAUCAUGAGAUCAGAAAAUGUAAAUAUAUAAGUAUAGUUUAUGUGCUUUAAUGAUUGUCUCUCCUGAUCUUGCAUAUUACUUAACCAAUCCCUCAACUUUCAACCGGAAAGUAUUUAUUUCUUAUCACAUGGCAUCUCCAUAGCUGCUGUCGUCUCAACAUGUGGACCCAAGGGACAGACGUCACUGUGUACCUGCAGUGGUUAAGUGCGUAAGGCAAAAAUAAUCAUUGCAAAUGUAAAAAUGCAGCUUAAGUAUAUCUCAGUCAGCUUGUCCUGGAGUAACUAGAUUUGCAAACGAACUCCUACAAUAUCAAUAGCUUCCACUCAGUUCUGCGCUGUCAUAAAGUUGACCCACACUUAUUUCUUUAACACUUAUCUUGACUGAUAAGUACUGCCAAGGUGAGUGCAAGCAGUGGCUACAGUCUGUCUAUUUCUCUCCCCCUACUGGGCACUAAGAGAAUAUUUCUCAGUAAAUUAUGUUUGAAAAAAUUGUCACCCAAACCUGAAUAGAGACCAAAAAAAGGGUUCAAACUCAAACUGAACCUGACACACUGUCUGGAGCUAUCAGAACCCUCUGCUACCUGAGUCUAGCACUUCUCAAUUGUCCUGCAUGCUGGCCCUGACCAGACUUUUGCACCAGAGAUUCCUGAGCCUUCAUUUGCUGAACUCUGCUUUGGUUUGUCCACUACAGUUUAGUGUGUGACAGUGACAAAUAAUCUGGAUGCAACAGUAUGAGUGACUCCACUUUAUGAAAUCCUUAUUGGAACUUCUUGACAAUUUCUGGUCCACUAUGUCCUGAAAACAACAAAUCUGUUAUCAUCACUGCCCGAAAUGACAAGCAAACAUUCAACUAAUGUGCUCAUGUUCAUGUGUCAGUAUUCAGCCAAAGAUUUAAUUGUGAGGAAAGGGGCUCCACUCUGUAACUCAACUGUACAGUCAGAGGUCCUCAUGUUUUUUUAAUGUCACAAAAACCAACAGGUUAUGUUUUCUUAAAAAGAAAAAUCUAUAGGAUUGUUUCAGGAAUAACAUUCUCCCAGUUUAACUUUCACUCAUAUCAAAUCAAUAAUUCAAGCAUAAUAGUUUUGAAUAAAGACAUUAAUUAUUUUAAUCAAGUAGCUUGAUGUGCCAAAUUCAGUCAUCUACACCUGCAGCUACACCUGUCCUCUACUAAGCUAUCUGUGGUUAAAUAGACUGUCAUUUAAAAAUAUAGAAUAUCAUAACUUCAAUGUGAAUUCAGGCGUGUUUGGCUGCUUGUAAAGUUUUUAUCCGAAAUAUAUUAAAUCCUUUCCCCUCAAUGUGUUAAAGGAAAUUCUAUAAAGUUUAGCAAUGGCUUAUUGACUUGACUUCAGGAAUCUGCCCGAGUGCCUAAAGCAAAGCUUUUAUAGAGCGUUGGCCAGUCUACAAUAGUGGGUGUUGUCUUUAUGUACGUCUUGAUAGGAAAUUCAAAUAAACAAAGCAAUGUUUGAAAUUGCUGCAUUUUAGUGUCAUUCUAGUUGAGUUGGUCGGUGGAGUGAAUGUCUAUUUAUCUUACAUCAUAAUUGUAUUACACAGCAAAUUGAAUAUGUGCCUUCAGAAAUGUGCAAUUGCUGAGAAUCACAACACUACUAAGAUCCGACUAGAAUCAGUUCAACACAACCAUCAUUUUUAGUUAAUUGUACAGUAGUAUUUUAAAUUUUUGCAUUUCAUUCUAUACAGCUACGCUUCACUGGGAAAUACUUUGCUCUUACUUCAUGUAUCUGAUAGCUUUACUGGUCGGCUUCACAGCAUUUUAAGGAUGUUUCUGCUAGCAAGCAACUGACUCGGAUAUUUGUGUGCUCACAUACAGCUCCUUCUGAAAACUUCCGAAAAAUGUCUGGCCUUCAGAGCAUAUCUCCUUGGAUAUACACUCAAUAAUAACCUGUAAACUUGUCAUAUUGUCAUUGUAAAAUCUCUAAAUAAAGUGUGUGUCUGCUUUAA